GGUGCCAGGGUAUGGCUGCGGGAGCAGGACCAGCUGCAGCCAUGCACUGUUGGCUCCUGUGCCGACGGAAAUGUGCUCUUCACCUCGGAUUAUGGCACGGUAUUCCAAUACCCCAAGGCCUCCCUUUCCAGAGAAAAGGUCUUGCCAAUGCACCAGACCAGCGUUGAUGGGGUAGAAGACAUGUCCAUGCUGGGAGAUCUGCAUGAAGCUGCCAUCCUGCUUAAUCUGCACCAGCGCUACCAACAGGGUAACAUCUAUACAAACAUUGGUUCCAUCUUGGCAUCAGUAAAUCCCUACAAACCCAUCCCUGGUCUGUACAAUGUGGAUGCCAUAGACCUGUACAGACAGCACCGCCUGGGUGAGCUGCCUCCCCAUAUCUUCGCCACCGCUAAUGAGUGCUACUGCUGCUUGUGGAAGCGUCAUGACAGCCAGUGUGUUCUGAUAAGUGGAGAAAGCGGAGCUGGAAAGACUGAGAGCACCAAGUUGCUGCUGAAAUUUCUGUCAGCCAUGAGCCAGACCUCCCUCGGGGCCCCUGUGUCUGAGAAGAGCACUCGUGUGGAAGAAGCCAUCCUGGAGAGCAGUCCCAUUCUGGAGGCCUUUGGAAAUGCCAAGACAGUUUAUAACAACAACUCCAGCCGCUUUGGCAAGUUCAUCCAGCUGCACUUCUCUCAACAUGGACACAUCCAGGGAGGCCGAGUCACUGAUUAUUUACUGGAAAAGAACAGAGUGGUACACCAGAACCCCGGAGAGAGGAAUUACCACAUCUUUUAUGCUCUGCUAGCUGGUGUGAGCGGGGAGCAGAAAGAGAACCUCUUCCUCUCUGAGCCAGAGACGUAUCGCUACUUGAACCAGUCUGGUUGUGUGACUGAUGAGAACCUCAAUGAUGUAGAAAUGUUCAGUAAGGUCAUGACUGCCAUGAAGGUGGUGGACUUCAGCACCGAAGAAAUCAGAGACAUCUUCAAGCUUCUUUCUGGCACACUUCAUUUGGGAAACGUUGAAUUCAUGACAGCUGGCGGGGCCCAGGUUACAACGAAAGCGGUGCUGAACAUUGCCAGUGACCUCCUGGGCCUAGACGCUUUUCAGCUUUCUGAAGUACUGACACAGAGGUCCAUGAUUCUGCGUGGGGAAGAGAUCAGCUCCCCUCUCACUGUGGAGCAGGCAGCUGACUCCAGGGACUCCCUCUCUAUGGCGCUCUAUUCCCAGUGUUUUUCAUGGCUCAUUAGCAAGAUUAAUACGAAGAUCAAAGGCAAGGAAAACUUUAAGUCUGUGGGCAUCCUGGAUAUCUUUGGCUUCGAGAACUUUCAGGUGAAUCGUUUUGAGCAGUUUAACAUCAACUAUGCAAAUGAGAAACUCCAGGAGUAUUUCAACAAACACAUCUUCUCCUUGGAGCAGCUGGAGUAUAACAGGGAAGGGAUAAACUGGGAAGCCAUUGACUGGAUGGAUAAUGCAGAGUGCCUGGACCUUAUCGAGAAGAAACUGGGUCUACUGGCUUUGGUGAAUGAAGAGAGUCGUUUCCCCAAAGGCACAGACAACACCCUUCUGGAAAAACUUCACAGCCAACAUAUGAGCAACCACUACUAUGUGAAGCCUCGGGUAACAGACCAUCAAUUUGGCAUAAGACAUUAUGCUGGGGAGGUGCUAUAUGAUGUGAGAGGCUUUCUGGAGAAGAACAGAGACACCUUUCGAGAUGACAUUUUAAACAUGCUGAAAGACAGCAGGCUGGACUUCAUCUAUGACCUUUUUGAAAGAGUCUGUAGUCGUUGCAGUGAAGAGACGCUGAAGAUGGGCACCCAGAGGCGCAGACCGACUGUCAGUUCCCAGUUCAGGGAUUCUCUCCAUUCCCUGAUGGCCACGCUUAGUACUUCCAACCCAUUCUUCAUCCGCUGCAUCAAACCAAAUACAGAAAAGGCGCCAAAUCUCUUCAAUCCAGAUGUGGUGCUAAAUCAGCUCCGAUACUCAGGGAUGCUGGAAACAGUGAAAGUUCGAAGAGCAGGUUUCCCUAUACGUCGCCUUUUCCAGGACUUUCUCAGCAGGUACAAGAUGCUUGUGAAGGGGCCAAGUCUUUCGGACAACAACAAAGCUGUAUGUGCAGGCUUUCUUCAGACCUAUGACAGCAGCAAGAAAGAAUGGCAGUUGGGUAAAACCAAG